AUGGGCGACGUGAAGAGCAAGCGUCUGCAGGUCUCCAUGGGAGGUUUUUCCGAGAAAUUGACGAUAGCGAAACAGAUCACGGCACUUUCCCAAGGAGCCAUCAACACCGCCAUGGCGAAACUGGUCAAAGACCACCCAGAAAUUGGGCAUGUCCAGAGCAAAAGCAAGACGGGAGAUACUCUGGACGCUGAAAUUGGCCAGCCCCUAGGUUCAUUGAAGUCCAAGUCAGGGAAGCUGCUCUUUAGCUACGAUCCACCAGAGGAUUUUGAUGGCACCGAAUGGACCAUUGCUUUAAAUGUGGAGAUUGAUUCGGUCAAGGUUGAACCAGGUUCGGAUGAGGACAAGAAAGUGCGAAAUCCUGACGACAUCGUCAUAUUCGCUGGAAUCCUCGCCAGAUGGUACGUCAACGAUGGGCCGAUGACAGAUCGCCAAAAGCGCACCAUCGGAUACGGACUGCAAGCUUCAGACCCGUCAUCAAUGAAUAAGCAGGCUCCCAACUUCCCUCCCACCCUCACUAAAAAAAACCUAGAGGAGAAGGACUUUCCCUCAGCGCCCAUCCUUCCAUACACCGGGAAAUUCGUGUCGAAGGGAAUGGGUGGAACCAUGUGCAUUGAAAAGGACAUCCUCUGGGACCGCUGUCUCCUUCGCACAACAACGCCCCAGCUCCUUCACUUGUUUAAUAAUGCUACCUACGCGUGGGAAGAAGUCAUGGAAUGGAUAUGGGGAUUACCGAGCCAACCAGAACAAUCUGUCAGCAAGGCUGAUAGGCAAGGGAAUACAAGUGGCUCCAUCGAUGUGACGUGCACUACCAGCAACAGCAUGAAGACAGCUUCAGGAUCCAAUGUGAUCACUGUUUCCGGGGAAACCGAUAUAGAUGUACAUGUCACUUGCUGUGAGACCUCGGGAUGGGCCCUUUGGUCCUGUGACUACACUCGACAACGGGGCCUGUCCAUGACUCUCGACUUGAGCGACAGGGAUUUCCAGGUUUCCUCCCACCCACUGAAGUAUCGUAUGGAGGGGGGCCUAUGGCCUACCAAAGACGACGUGGAGGGCCAACAGUCUAUAAUAAAUAAUCUCAAUAGUUCUGCUCGGUUUGUCGUCCCGGGUCAGGGCACGUUCCGCUACAGUAAUCCUAUGUUUAAUGAUAACGGGGAUCUUCUCAUUAAUGUUGACUACAAGGAAUGA